AUGGAACAGCUGGGCAUGGAUCUCACUCACUCUCCUAGGAAACCUUCAACCUGUACAAGCUACUCAACAUCUCAUUUCUCUUCAGGGCAGAGACAGGCCCUGGUGUGUUUCCUCACAAACCCACACUGUGGCAGCCUCAUUAACGCUGAUGGCCAUGGUGAAGUGUGGACAGAUUGGAAUGAUGUGUCCAAGUUUUUCCAGUAUGGAUGGAGAUGCACCACUAAUGAGAAUUCCUGUUCAAUCCGUACUCUGAUAGGCAACUGGAACCAGGAAAGAUAUGACCUAAAGAUUAUUGUGCAGCCAAAACCCCUGCCUUCCCAGUUUGGACACUGUUUUGAAACAAUAUAUGACACAAGCUACAAGAUGCCUCUUUCAACCCAUAGAUUUAACCAAGAGCCUCACUGGUUCCCAGGACAUCAACCUGAACUGGAUGCUCCCCAAUACAAAUGCACAGGAAAGUCCACGCACAUGAAUAGCUAUUCAAAGCCUCAACUCGCGCAUCAUCUUGAGUGUGUAUGGGAUCCUAGUAAUGACCAAUUUCACGGUCCAAGAUUCUGA